AUGUUUGGUGGAGUGUCGUGUGUAAAUGCGUAUUUGUUGUGCUUUGUGGAGUGUUUGUACACUGUUUGAGCCGUGGUGCGUUUGAGCUGUGGAGCUUUGGGCUGGUGGGAUUACACUUGACAUGUCCGGACCCCGGCGUGGGUUGCGCGGCGCUGCGGGUACUCGGCUCAGGCCGAGACGGGCUCGUAGACCGCCGUGUGUGUGUGUGUGUGCGCGCAGCUAAGGAGAAACGUUGACGUGUUGGGUGUUUUACGAAGGCGGUCCGAGCGAGAAGGACUAUCCAAGUAGCCUGAACUGAACAGCAGUCGUGCAUGCGAAGGGCUUGCGGUCCUCUAAGCUGCAGCGCUUGGUACCUGCGGUGGGGUGUCCGCGCACAGUUUCUAUUCUUAACCCCAGAUAGAUUGAUGUCUUGUCCAAGUACGAGCGAUUAGACUAAUAAGCAAAGCACCUUAUUUAGGACUUAGACGGUGUGGGGUUGUCUUAUUUUUGGCUAGUUGGUGUGUUUUUCUUGACAGUUUCGACGUUUCGUUUUAUGGCACGUCUGUUCUCUCUGAGACGGGUCGGGGCUGUGCGUGGCUCUGCUUGGUUACCGAUACUUCGGAACAGCCCUCAGCGCUCCCGACCUGCUUAAAGGACGCUUCACCCAACCUGUUGCUUGGACGAGGCGUGAAAUUUGCGACUGUGCGGGAAAUGUGUAGAAACGCGCAAAUGAAUAACAAAAGUUUGCGUGGACCCGUGCCUCUCGUGCGCUAGCUCAGGGCGCCGCGCGACUGUUGACGUGCAGUUCUGCGUGGGCUGUUUCUCGCUGUAUUUGGACAAGCAUCGGGUAAUGGACGGCUUGACACUCCAGUGAUCUUAUAAAGGCUUGCGUAAAGUUUCUGCCGUGCGAUAGUCCCCAUCGCUGACAAUGUUCACAAUCCUGUGCAAAUCAAAUACCAUCCUACUUUUUAAAAUCGGAUGAUCGCUGCUUCCCUACACUUUGGCACUGGGCAGGAGUGUCCUACAUCUGUAUAGGAUGUUGGCGUGCUCUUGCACAUGCUAUCCCCGCAAGUUGUGUUGGGUUACAGUCCAUCAAACUGGAUCAUUGCUGGACACGGGAUAUAUUUCUUUUGAAAUUCUAAUGCCAGAAGUGACUUGACGUCACAUGGUCUUGCAUGAUAAACACGCUUAAAGAAUGAGUAGAAAGUCUGUUUUGCCAUGUCCAGAGUUCAGUAGCCCAUUUGUGAUUUGGAAUAACUAUUUUCAGAAAGUGUUCGUACGUUUGAUCGAAGCGGGCAAUAAAGAAAUGUGACCAAUGUUUUUCUCAACUGAUUACUUGGUGUCAUGGCAAGGAGUUGUUAGUUUAGAACAUUAGUCUCUUGGUGACAUCUCGUGGUCGUAAAAAACCCAGAAGCCACGGGUUUGAGAUGACUGAAGGUGGUCAUGCUUCUGAGGGGGAUGCUGCUUAGACUGACCCCCGGUACUGGGACAUCUGAAUGAUCGCGUGCACGAUGUUUGUUGAAAUGUUAUUUUAAAAAAGGUAUUUCAAAAUCGCCCAAAAUGCAGCUUAAGGAACACUGAUUUAAAAAAAAGUUCUCGCGUUUAAAAUGUGGAAUUACGAUCCACCUUCUCCCUACACGUGUUGGUGUGACAGGGCACCGUUACGUGGUUCCAGCGGUAUGGAAUUUCGCUCCGGCUGAUCCAAAGCGUCCUGCCUGCAAGAAGGGUUCCGUGCGCAAGUUCAGUCGUAAAAUAUUGGCUGUAUGGCAAAGCUUUUGAUGGCAGUCGCAACAGCGGGGAGCCGACUUCCUGAAUCUGGUGGAAGGUUCCCCUGCCAAAGCUGUCCCAGUAAAAGCCGUAGUAAGGAGCACCACGACUGCAUCUUAAUGGGAUGAAGUUAAGAGACGCGUAAUAACCAGGACUGUCAGAACCGUCAUUUGGUUCAGUAACUGCAUCUCGUAUCACAUUAGAUCUUGACAAAAUGUCUUGUGCAGCAGACAGCUGCAUCCAGUUCACACGCCAUGCCAGCGACGUCCUGCUCAAUCUGAACCGGAUGCGUAGCCGGGACAUCCUCACAGACGUCACCAUCCUGGUCAACAGGCAACAGUUCCGAGCUCACAAAACUGUGCUCAUGGCAUGCAGUGGUCUCUUCUACACGAUAUUUACGGACUCGCUAAAGUGCAGCCUGAAUGCCAUCAGCCUGGAUCCGAAGGUGGACGCAGAAGGCUUCGCGAUCCUCCUGGAGUUCAUGUACACAUCUCGCCUUGCCCUGAAAGAGAGUCUCAUCAUGGCCAUCAUGAACACGGCCAUCUACCUGCAGAUGGACCACGUCGUUGACACUUGCCACAGAUUCAUCAAAUCCAGUGACUCCUCCAUCAAGCUGUCCAGAGAGGACUUUCUCGUCAGCCCCUUGCUUUUACCUCAAGAUGUUCAUGGCUUCAGGCCCCAUGAGAUGUUGGACAACAUCCCAGGGCGUUCAGCCCCUUUCCGAGAUGGAAGGCCUUACGGUGCAAGCAUUUUCAAUGGAGUUAACCCUCCCAGCAGCUCCUACCAUCUUUACGGCCAGUUCCCCAUGCAGGGUUUCCCCUUUCCCCUCUGCAAGCUGACGGAUGCCAAAAGUGCAUUUCCCGACUUCUCGAAAGGAGGCAUCAUCCAACACAAACACUGCCCACCAGCUGACUGCUCCGUGCUGGUCGACUAUGCCCGCAGCACGGCUGGCGGGCCGCCGAGCAUGUGCCACGUGGGAUCCCAUGCCUCGCGGGAGUUGGUGAGGAACGAGGAGCUGAAGAGGGAGAGCUUGGUGCAGUCCAUGGGAAUGAGCUCCCGGAAGCACAGCCUGGCCAUCUUGGCCCCAGAGCAGCAGAGGGAGUCUGGCAAGGAGCAGGGUCCCCUGCCCGACGAGGACCUAAGCCAGCAGCACUACUGCAUGGGCAUGGCAUCCAAUGGGCGCAAACCUCCGAUGAGCAGCCCGCAGAGCCCACUGAAGUCCGACUGCCAACCCAACUCGCCCACCGAGUCAAGCAGCAGCAAGAACGCUGCCCUGUCGCACACUUCGCAGCCUCCUGCUCUACAAGGCACGCAGGACCCCAAGGCACGCAACUGGAAAAAGUACAAAUUCAUCGUGCUCAACCAGAGUAGCAAAGAGCCUGAGGGCAGUGCCCAUGAUGUGGAGAUGCGCUCUCCGCAGAGGCUGGGGAUGCCUGCCUUCCCGCCAGCAUCGGAGUCAGAUCACCUGGACUUGCAGGCCACCGGUACCAAGAUCAGCGAGCAUGUGGAUGACUUCCCCAUGCCCCAAGCUAGUCGUCUCAACAAUAUCAUCAACAGAACUCUGGAGGGGUCUCAGAGGAAUGGUGACAGCCACUCUACUCUUUACAUGAGCCACUUAAAGUGCACCUCUUGCGGCGCACAGUCCCCUCAGCACACAGACGUCUGCCCCAACACUCCUGGCUCACGGCUGCCUGAGGAGAUGUCGGAACUACACUCGGAGUACUCUGACUCUAGCUGUGAAAACGGCACGUACUUCUGCAACGACUGUGACUCCAAAUUCGCAGAGGAGGAGGUCUUAAAGCGCCAUAUGCUCCAGGUACACAGUGACAAGCCAUACAAAUGUGACCGGUGCCAAGCAGCAUUUCGCUAUAAAGGGAACCUUGCCAGCCACAAGACUGUGCACACAGGAGAAAAGCCGUACCGGUGCAACAUCUGCGGCGCCCAGUUCAACCGGCCGGCCAACCUCAAGACCCAUACGCGCAUCCACUCUGGAGAGAAGCCAUACAAGUGCGAAACAUGUGGCGCUCGCUUCGUCCAGGUUGCUCACCUGCGCGCUCAUGUCCUGAUCCACACGGGGGAAAAGCCGUACCCCUGUGAAAUCUGUGGCACUCGCUUCCGGCACCUCCAGACACUCAAGAGCCACCUGCGCAUACACACAGGAGAAAAGCCCUAUCAUUGUGAGAAAUGCAACUUGCACUUUCGCCACAAGAGUCAGCUACGACUGCACCUCCGACAGAAGCACGGUGCGAUCACCAACACCAAGAUCCAGUAUCGGAUGGCGACGGCGGCGGCAGACCUGCCGACUGACCUGACCAAGGCAUGCUGAGCAAACCCAGGCUGUUUGACCCGAGCCUGACUCGAACAAUCGUCCAAAACUGUAGUGCCACACUGUGUCAA